AUGGAGGUAGCGCAGCCCAAGGACCUGGAGGAGGACUUCGGCCUGGCCAAAAGGAGAUAUGCGGAGCUGCGCAGGCAGAAACGGAUCUUCAAUGCCAGGAACAGGAUCAUCGGGGGAGACACAGAAGCCUGGGAUGUUCAGGUUUGUGACCAGAAGAUAAAAGAAGCAACUGAAAAAGCUAGACAGGAAACCUUUGCUGCUGAAAUGAGGCAAAAUGACAAGAUCACCUGCAUAUCAGAAAACCGGGAAAGGAGAGAUAGGAAAAAUCUCUGUAAAGCUAUCAAUGAUUUCCAACAGAGCUUUCAGAAGCCAGAAACUCGCCGUGAAUUUGACCUCUCCGACCCCCUAGCCCUUAAGAAAGAUCUUCCAGCCUGGCAGUCAGAUAAUGAUGCUCGGAAUACAAUAUCAGGAAUGCAGAAAUUCAUGGGAGAGGAUUUAAACUUCUAUCAGAGGAAGAAAUUCCAAGAGGAACAAAACAGGGAAUGGUCCUUGCAACAGCAAAGGGAAUGGAAGAUCGCCCGUGCCAACCAAAAAUGUGCAGAGGAUCUCUACCUGAAGACAAGGCUGCAGUUUGACGAAACAGCCAAGCAUUUACAGAAUCUGGAAAGCACCACCAGAAAGGCGGUUUGUGCAGCUGUGAAAGAAUUCAACAAGAAGCAGGCCUUGGAGUCAGCGGAAAAGAAAAUUCAAGCGAAAAAACAAGACCAAGAGGACAACCUGGCCGAGAUCUCCCACCUGCUGCGUGGGGACCUGCUCUCGGAGAACCCCCAGCAGGCAGCCAGCUCCUUCGGGCCCCAUCGCGUGGUCCCCGACCGCUGGAAGGGCAUGAGCCGGGAGCAGCUGGAGUUCAUCCGCCUGGUUCAGGAACAGCAAGUCCAGGAGAAGCUGAGGCUCCAGGAGGAAGAGCGCCAGCGAGACAUGCACUGGGACCGGCAGAGGGUCCAGUAGGCUCGCGCCGCCUUGCUGUGUGAGCGGCAGCAGCAGUGCCAACGGCAUGACCUGUGCAGGGCCCUGGACUGCAGCAACCUCAGCCUGGCCAAGGAGCAGCUUUCGCAGAAAAAAUAUAUGAAGGAAAUCUGUACAAAUCAUCCCACAGAAGAUUAUUUCGCACAAUUUAAUACAAGAAGUCGAUAA